AUGUCAGUUCAUGCACCCGCUAUUAUUUUCCUGACGGGAGGAACUGGUUUCCUCGGCACACAGCUCCUACACUGUCUUCUUUCUUCGAAUGCCGUCAAACGUGUAGUCGCUCUUGUUCGUGCUACCUCUGCUUCUCAGGGCCUAGAACGUUUGAGGCACGCAGCAGUCACGGCGGGGUGGUGGAAAGCAGAUUAUGAAACACGCAUCGAAGCUUGGGUUGGAGAUCUGGAGCUUGGCAAGCUUGGUCUGAGUGACUCGCAAUGGGCUCAGUUGUCGGGCACAUCGACCGUCGACAAUGUCACGGCAAUCAUCCACAACGGCGCCAUUGUGAACUGGCAUAUGGACUACGACAGGCUACGACGACCAAACGUUUUGGCCACCAUUGAGCUUCUCAAGCUUGCAACCUUGUCCCGAAGCUCGCCACGAUUUGUCUUUGUGUCUGGCGGCGCCAUAGCUGACCUGGAUACCAACCCGGGCAAUACUAUUGUCGCGGAGCAAUUAAGCAGGAGUAAUGGAUACUCACAAAGUAAAUUUGUCGCAGAGGCCAUUGUUCGUCGCUUCAUCUCGCAACUACCGUCAUCUCAAAACCGGUUCUCCGUGGUAAAACCGGGUAUGAUUAUUGGAACAGCCGACAAAGGAGUUGCGAAUGUCGACGACUUCGUCUGGAGAGUCGUUUCCACGGCAUCGCGCCUACAACUAUCUCCCGUGGACCCCGAGGAGAGCUGGGUGCCGAUUUCAGAAGCGGGUUUUGUUGCCUUGCAAACCGUGACUCAGAUCCUUUCCGAUGACACCUCGCCAUACGUCAACAUAGCAAGCACGUUUGGCCUCAGCUCUUCUGAUUUUUGGGAACAGGUCAAUUCAGAGUUGAAUCAUGCAUGCGAGCCGGUACCAUGGUCCGCCUGGGUCGAGCGUGCCCUCGAGGAUAUAAAUCAGUCUGGCGAAGACCAUCCGCUUUGGCCGGUCAACAACGGGGCGCACUGCGGGCAAGCUGCACUUCAAUGCGCUGCCAAACGCAACCACCACAACAGUGUUAAAGCAUUGCUCAACAGAGUAGACAUUUUGACGAAAUUUAGAAUGACAGAGUGGAAAAGUUAUUAA